UACAGAAAUAGGGGUCCCUGCCCUCAGCAGUAACAGUGCUGAAUGGUAGAAAUGAUAGUUGCAUUUCUUUGCAAAGUAUUACCUAUUCUGUCCUGUUUUGGUUUCAUAAGGAGGGGUCUGUAUAGUUACGAAACAAUUGGAUAUAUUGUGUUGAUUUGCUGACUUAAAGAUAUAUUCUGCAGCAGUUAACCCACUCUUCUUGCUGGGUUUGCUCUGCUAGUUUUCUGAAAUUAUGUAUAUCUGGGAGUCUCCACAAAAAAGACUUCCAGAUGAUAUUUCUUAGAUAAGAGACAAAAUAUCUAAACAGGAGUUUAUCAAAAUAUCUAAACAGGAGUGGUUAAACUGCAUUUUGUAAAAUAAAGCACUUAAAUUUUAUGUCGUUGAAUUUCCAUGCAAAUUUUACUCUAAGCAUGCUAAAUGUUUCUAAGCAAUGUUAAAAAAAAAAAAAGAAAAAGGAAAAUGAAUGGAAGCUUGUCUACUACAUCUUUUUAAAUUACCAGAGAUAGCAUCACAUCAUUGAUCUUACUCUGACAGCCUCUGAAUAGUUAUCACUUGUCACAUCUGAGCAUCUCAUUCUUUCUCAUUGCAAGCCAUAAUCCUGCUGUUAUAAAACAUGACAGGACAGCUGAAAGAUCAAAAUAUUUCCUCUUAAUACAUCACCAUAAAUAAAUAACAGGCAAUGGUAAUCUAACAUCACGUUCAAAAACUGUCACGUUUACUCAGCUUGUCAACUUCAGCUGUAAUUUCUGUCUCAGCUUGUAAAACAGUGAAGGUUUGGCUGGCACUGUGUACAAGAACGCUUUAAAGGAGAGUGUAGGUAUAAAAAAAGAGAGCUGGAUUUUACAGAGGGAAACAAACAUUGGAGGGAGGUGAAAGUUAUUCUUUUUCUGGAGAUUUUCAUAGCAUUUGUCAUUUCCCUGGGUGUUUCUGUCCCUCUUCCAGGUUGGGAUUUGGGUGACUGAAGAUCACUGAAGGCAGUGAUAUGGGUUCAUCUGGCGAAAUGCCAGUCUGAAUAUUCUGAAUUCGGUGUUUUUAAAUAAAAAUAAACAACUAAUCAAAAUUACUGAGUUCUUGAGGUAUGCUGGAAAGGAUUUCCUUGUGUUAGAAAUGCCAGUACUUUGUCUCUUUUCUACCAACAGAUCACGACUGAGUCCUGCGGGUAUCUGCUUUUGCAAGAAUGGCUAAUUUGGAAGGGUUCCUGCCUACAGGUCACAGGUAUUGCAGUGUGAGGCCAGCUCUGGACAAAUUCUCAUGUUCCAGCACUGUACCUGCCAUUAACCCCACCUGCAGGAGCUCUUUUGUAGUGUAUCCUGCCUGGAUCGCUGAGCCCCUCAUCCCCCAGAGGUGCCAAUGGAUUAGCCACUGCCUCCAUUCCCCCACCCUGGCAUGGGAGAGACUGGGGAGAUCCGUGUGCAUAGAUAGCAAGGUGCCUGUGCUGGUGAGAAGGGAACAAGAUGGAUUUUAUUACCGUGGUACAGUAAAAGAGGAGAUAGAGAGUGAAAGAGGCAUGUUCCUGGUAGAGUUUGCCAAACCACUUGUGUCCCGUGGAAAGCAUCCAGUGUGUGUGCAAAAAACAGCAAAGGAUGACAUUCUGGAGUAUGUGAAUGGGAUGAAGCACUCCUUACUCCCUGGAGACAAAGUACUGGCACCCUGGGAGCCAGAUAUGGCCAGGUAUGGCCCAGGAACCGUCCUCACAGGCAUUGAGACAAGGGACCCCUCAUGAGCCUCAGAAGAUGAAGAAAUUACAGUCCAGUUCUGGAAUGAUAAGAAAGUGAAACUCCCAUGUAAUGUGGCUCUGUGGAUCCCUGCUGGCCUCUGGGAGAGGACUGUGGAGAUGAUCCACAUGCCCUUCACCACCAGGCUGAAGCCCAGAGAAAGUCCGGAUGCUGACUCUUGUAUUUUUCCCUGUAUUUUUAAACCAGCCUUCAUUCCUGUUUGUGCUAGACACAGCCUUGCCAAGCACUGCUUGCUCUGCUCACCCUGCUGGCCACGUUUCCACUACCACUGUGGUGGUGGUUUGUGCUGUUUGUUAGGAUGUGUAAGGUGCACCUGCUGCUGUCACCCCAGUGCUGAUGCCUGGCGGUCUCUUCCAUCCAGGUCUCUGGUCUUUCAGAACAAAUCUGAAGAGGCAGAGUCCAGCAGUGAGCCCUCUCCAGGCCUUCUAGAACUGGAAGGCACAAAACAAGAAGCAGCUGCAGCUGUGGCUACAUCUUCCUCCUCUUCUGAUUCAGAGUGGGACCUGAAGCCAGUCCCCACUGGGAGUACUGUGGUGGACAGUGCUGUUAACACAGGCUGUGGCUGUCUCGAAAAGCCCAAGCUUAAGGAUUCUGCAAGACCUCAGUGGAAAUACUGGAAAAGAAGCCACCACAAGUCACAUUCCAGUAAUUCAGGACUUGGCAGUUGCAGCAGCACAUGUACGAAGGGCAAGCUGGAAUCCAAAGCCAUCUCCAUUGGGGACACAUCCCAUGUGGCCACAGCUAAUCCGAGUGCAAUGUUUGAAACCAUUGAGCUGUCUCCCAGAGGGCAACUCACAGUGAAAGAAAUAUUAAGAGACCAAGAUUCCAAGCCAUCACUGGGGGAAGAAGGUUUUGCAGCAUCAGAAAAACAAAGAAACAAAAGAGCGUCAGAUGAUAAAUGUAAAGCGACUUGCGUGGGCGAUGACAAACUUGAUGUUAUAGAGCAUGUCAGAGCUCACUUGCAACAAAGCAGAGAGACAUGAUCAACCAGAAUUCAGCACAUGUACAGCUGAUGAAGUUCAGGGGCUGAAAUUUCAGGAUUAAAACGAUGCCUGGAUGUCCACGGGACACCUGCCUUAUGGUACGAGACUGUCAGCCCUGAUUUUAGAAGCCUGUCUCCUGACACAAUACGUAGGGAGGGACUCUGGCACCUCAGAACUGAAUUCAUAAAAAUGUCAGAAGGAAUACUCUGGAAAUACUUUCCUGAUCAGGCUCUUCAAGAAAAGCUCAGGUGGAAGAAUGCACAGUCUAUGGGUCUUUAAUAGGACAUAUAUGCAAGCUAGGUGCUUUGCAACCUAGCCAGUGAAGAUUCAUUCUGCAGGGCACAUGCAGGAACAGCACUCUAAAAGCAGAGCAUGUUAAUACUGAAAACUGAGUCAGUAAAGAACCUAAAGUGUCUUCAAGGCUGGUACCAGCAGCACAGCAGUUUUGAGAACUGUAUUUAAGUCCACAGCAGCCCUCUUCUGGUUCAGCUGCAAAGGUACUGGAACCUUCACCACUGCAAAUUGAAUAUUAGAGUACAGCUCUGCUGCCAUCUGUUGUCAUCAGAGAACUCCUCCCAGGGUUACCUUUUUGAUCACAGGGACCAAAAAGUUCCAAAAUAUCUGUUUUAUUUCACUUAUGUUUCCUUGACCCUCGCUGUCAGGACUAAACAUAACAAAAAUAAGGCCAAUGGCAAUUCUGAUUUCCAGAUCUACUGCUAUGCUUUAUUUCUUGAGCUUAUGCACAAAUCAACAGAUCUGGUUGCUUGUAUUAUGGUUUCUGUGGAGCUAUGUCCCAAAAUGCAUCAAAUGCUCUGACCUAUUGCAUAAUGCUUUGCAGCACAUCUCUGUAUCACAGGAGGUGAGCUGGAUUCUUUUACAUGAUGGCACAGAGCAAAGAAAUUAAAUCAAACUUUUGGUGAGUAAUGAGGGUGAACUUUGGUCCCUUAGUAACUCCAAACAACUCAGCUUAAAUCCCAGUUUUCAUUGUUUGCAUUAAAGUGCCUAAAUGGUUAUGUUCAGCUGGGGAUUUUUAUUUGCGCUUUUGAAACUUUAUCCAUGAACUUACAGGUCUGACAAUUCCCUCCUUUUAUGACUCUUCUUCUCUACAGAAAUGACUGAAGCAGUACUGUCUUGGCUGAUGCAUAAGUGUGGAAAUCAUUCACUGCUUUUCCAACUCUAAUACUGUUAACAGGCCAUAAGGUAGACCCAUAGAAUAAUAUAGGUUGGAAAACACCCUUAAGAUCAUAGUCCAACCAUAAACUUAGCACUGCCAAUUCCACCGCUAAGGAUGAAUCUCUAUACACUUGUAUUUUUGUUUCAUCUUGUGGAAAACUCUAUUCUGCCUGAGUUGUUUUAGGGAUAACUGGUUACUGUGUAUGUAGGGCUUUCAGAUGAUAGAGGAGUUGCUUAAGAUCUAAUCAUUUGGUGCAAUGAAGUACUGUUUUCUCUAAUGUACUUGCAGACUUAGCCUGUGUUAUUAACUCUGGAGACAACGAGCUCCCUGCUGUGUUGUAACAGCUCCCGAGGGGCACAGCCGCUGUGAACUGUGGUGGAGUUCACAGAGACUUCAGAGCAGCAGCUGGGCUGCAGGGCUGCGUUCACAAGGAUGAGCUGGCAGAGGUCCAUCCACCCCAUAGAGCAAUGAACCUGGCAGCCAAAGCCAGCAUGAAAGCAGUGGAGCUGUGCAUCUGUAAGCCAUACCCCUCCAUUUCUACUUAUCACAAAGAUACGGUGCUGCUCAGAACUGAGCCCACAGUCCUCAUCCAAUGGCAACAUCUCGGAUCAAGUUUGACCCGGUUUCAUCUGGGAAUGGAGUUGGUUUUCUUCCUAGUAGCUGGUACAGUAGCUGUAUUUUGGAUUUGGUACAAGUAUAAUGUUGAUAACAAACUGAUGUUUUGGUUGUUGAAUGGUGCUUACCCUAAGGACUUUUCAGUGUCUCAUGCUCUGCCAGCAGGGAGGUGCACAAAAAGAUGGGAGGGAGCCUAGCCAGGACAGCUGACCCAAACUUGCCAAAAGGAUAUUCCAUACCAUGGACUGUCAUGCUCAGUAUAAACUGGGAGAGUUGGCUGGGGGGGGCUGACUGCUGUUUGGGGACUGGCUGGGCAUUGGUGGUGAGCAACUGCAUUGUGCAUCCCUUGUUCUUCUUGGGUUUUAUUUGUCUCUCUCUUUUUCAUUACAAUUAUUAUUGUUAUUAUCAUUACUAUUAUUACAUUUUACUUUGUUUCAAUUAUUAAACUGUUCUUCUCU